AUGGCAUCACCAACAACGUAUCUUUGUUUAAUGGAGGUCGAGAUGUUGAGAGGGCGAAUUUUGGAGCUGGAGAUGCAGGUGAAUGAGCACAACCGAAGAGAGACAGAGGACAAGGCCAGACACUUUGAAGAAGCAGAGCGACGCGAGAAGGAAAUGGAGACUAGGUACAGGGAUAAAAUUGAUAAACUUGAAGAGAAAUUAGAAGCGAAACAACUGAAAAAUAAGCAUUUGGAAAACAAUUGUCUGCGUCUGAUGGUUGAAAAUGAUGCGUUGAAACGGGAAAAUACAAAAACGACGGUGGAAAUGAAGAAAAUUGAAACAACGGAAAAUGGAGAAGCAGCGAGAAAACUUUUGGAAGAUGAACAGAAGAAGACGUCAGAGUACAGAAAGAGAAUGCUCUACGCACAAAUGAAGCUGCGAGAGAAGCAAGAAAACGUAGAAGGAGACGUGAAGCCGUGGAGAUUGUGUAACAUCUGUCUUGAAGAAUUCAGUCAUCUUUCGGAACAUAAUCCGAAAGUUCUCAACUGUGGACACACAUUAUGCUUCUCAUGCUGUAAUCAGAUCUGCUUGGCAUACGGAAUCGCUUGCCCUUUCUGCCAAAAACUGUUCAUUAUAGAUAAAGAAGAGCUUGUUAACUUACCAACAAACUUCAUCGUUUUGCAUAUGUGA